ACCAAGUUUUGGGCCGAAGUGAGACAAAAUCUCCCGGUCUUUCUGAAUCAGAAAAUCUAAAUCAUAACUGCUACUUGUCUUACUCCCAAGCUGCUAACUAACAAAAGAAAGUACUGAAUCAAAAUCGGGAUCUUUGUACUACAAUUAACGAGCAAGAACAACCUUCUUUGAUCUUGUUUCUGCUACAAACUCACGACAUCUUUGGUGAGUUUUCUCUCUUUGUUUUAGUCAUAUAUUUUAACCAAAUAUGCUCAAUUAUCUAUGAUCCCAUUUCAUAAUUGUUUUAGAAUCUUAUCUGGUUAUACUUAAAUUUGCUCGAUUUGCUCACCAUUGGCUGAAUUAGCAUUAUAAUGAGCAGUUUUUCAUUUGGGUCAAAUUCAAAUAGUUCUAAGUCCUUCAGUGCAUAUCCAAGAGGUGAUUUUGACGUAGAAUUAGGGACUAUUAAAAGAAACAGGAGACCGAAAAUGAUCAAAUCAUUUUCUAAUCGCCUUCAAUACUUCAAGAAGUUGCACCCACUUGUUGUACUGUUCAUUUCCUUGUCAAUUGCUGCUACUGUAUUAAUCAUUUUGACUGUAUAUGAGAGCCAUUUUCGGACGAUGAGCAGCUACCGAAAUUUCGAUGUGGGGACUUAUAAGUAUCCGUUUUCGAUGCUAAAGAAUCUUGUGAUGGUUGCUGGGCAUUCUGUUUAUACAAGUAAUAGUUGUGGGAAGGUUGAAAUGGAGGAUUCUUGGUUUUUGGAGCCUUAUCAGAAGCAUUCUGGUCAGGCUUGUAGUUUUGUAACACAUAUUAAGGAGGGAGUCGAAAUGGUGGCUAAAGAUGAGGAUGCUUUACUUUUGUUUAGUGGUGGAGAAACUAGGAAGGAUGCUGGUCCUCGCAGUGAGGCACAGAGUUAUUGGACUGUUGCUGAAUCAAAAGGAUGGUUUGGCAAAGAAAAAAGUGUGAAAUGGAGGGCAAUGACUGAAGAGCAUGCAAGAGACAGCUUUGAGAAUCUAUUGUUUAGCGUUUGUCGGUUCCGUGAACUUACAGGCAAAUAUCCUCAUAACAUAACUGUUGUAAGCUAUGAUUUCAAGGAGGGUAGAUUUUCACAUUUGCAUCGCUCUGCCAUUGGCUUUCCAGAGUCGAGAUUCUUUUACUAUGGCACUUCAGCUUCACCAACUUCCAGAGAGGCAGCCUUGAAAGGUGAGGCAUUGGUAAGGUCUCAAUUUAAAGAAGAUCCAUAUGGGUGUUCAGGUUCACUUAAACAUAAAAAACUAGGCCGUGAUCCCUUUCAUCGGGCAAUACCUUACCCCAAAGGAUGCCCUGAAAUUGAAGGUUUGUUCCGAUACUGUGGGCCAGGUCGUUAUACAGGAUCUCUCCCUUGGGCUCAGUUAAAUUAACCGCGGCAUGUUACUUAACAAUCACAUGUUAGAUGCUUGAAUUGAUAGGAUAAUGUUUCUUCAAAAAUUUCCUUUUCUCAAUUCAAAUCAUAGAAAGGUGAAUAGAUGAGAAUAUAAAUGGCUCCAGCUUAGAGAAAAAUUUGUUGUCAUUUUUAGAUGAGAUGGAAUUGUUUGGGUACAGAAACGAGAAAUCUACUUUCCAGAACAAACGUUGCAGUGAAUCUUGAUUUUGUAGUUUAUAUAUUACUAAUAAUACAAGGUGAAAUAAUUUUUUUUUA